UCGUUCUCCGUGUUAAGUGACUGGGACUGAGUCUGAGUUCUUUCACUACAGCGGGAGCUCUGCAAUGAAACCUCAUCCUCAGACCUGUCCCUCUUCCCUUCCCAUGACUUCAACAUCCCGCAGGCUAGGUGAGACUCAGCAGCCAAAAGCCUGGAACUGGCAUUUGAACCCUGAGCUGUGGGCAAGAUCAGUUCGACAGCAGUUGAAUACCUGCCUCCGUUUUAUUAUGGAAGAGACGAAGCCAUCAUUUAAUACCAUUGAGUCUGGGCUCACUGGAUGUAGCUGCAGCAGCCAAGGACACUCCUGGGACUGCGUGAAGAAACAGGAACUCCUUAGGGCAGUGGUUGAAUCCGAGCAGCGGACAUCGCUGGAGCUGCUGCUGUCUGAGCUGAGGUCUUUGUUAUCAGCUGUGCUGCAGGAUGGCAGCCGUGAAGCUUGGCGCUAUCUGUAUGCAGUCCUGGGCCUGUUGCCUCCAUAUCGUGAGAUGCUAGCUGGUCAACUCGAUCUGCUGCCUUUACUGGAGCAGCUGUACUGCUGGGCACCCACCGUCCAAUCCCAACUCCAGCUGGACCUGCUAGAUGCCAUAGACAAGGCCUUUCCCCCAGACCGCUCUUUAUUACAUAGUUCCUCCCAUGUUGACUGCCAUCACUUGAUGAAGAGGUCUCAUCGAGCAUCCCCAUGGCCAACAUGCCCUUUUGUGAAGGCCCUGUGGAGUGGGCAACAAAAAAGGGAACUGGCCACGUGGCUACGGCCAUUGACACUGCCUGAGCUACAGCAUUGCCUGGGCAUUGUUGGUGCUGAGGUGGCCCUAGAAGAGACCCAGUGGAUGGAUAGCCUUAGUCUCCUGCCCUUGGCACUGGCGACAGAAAUCCCUGUACAAUAUGAAAGCAGCAAUGCUGAUUACCAAGAAGGGAAGCCUGCUGGGAGAAAAUCUCAGCUUGCCUCUGAAUCUCAUGAGGAAAAGGGCGUAAAGAAGAAAAGUUCUAAGACUUCCUUGCUGAGAAGUCAGGUGAAAUCUCUUCUGAAGAUAGACUGGUACCAGAAGAAGAUCCACUUCCUCUAUCUCAAUGUGGCUCCUGAUCGGUAUUUUAAGCCUUACAACCUGAUAGUGGUGCCACCAAACAAGGUGAAUCCCGAACACUACAUCUUCUCUCCCUUUGGGAUCCUGCAUGUACAUCCUGUGGAGGGCAGCGAAACAAUGACACUGGGUACUUGGCAUCGUAACUCUGCUGUCUGGCACGAACUCCAGAAUAUUCCAUUCUUUAAGAAUUGCCUUUUACGAAAGGCUUUGACCUGCUGGAAGAAGAAUGUGAGGUUGUACGGGCUGCAUCGGAUCCAUACUUUCCUGAAAAGUCAUUUGCUCUUGGCUGUGCCUCACUUUGGAGCUGGGAUGCUCCAUAUUAGCAGGCUUCUUCAGGAGUUUCGUUCUGUGUCCUGGUUACCCAAGGAGCUAGAUAAGUGCUAUGAACUUCUGGACCUGCAGAAAACAAUAGCCAAAGAGAACCACAAGGCUCUGCGAGUGUUCUGUCGCUUUCUGAAUCUCUGUACAUCCAUUCUUCAACUGGUUCAUGAAGACACGUACCAAAUGCAGCAGGGCCUGCAAGAGAGAGUGCAAAACUGGAACAGGAUCAGGAAAGGCCAAGGCUCCAUAUACCUUCAGAGGGUGCUGUGCAGGCAUCUGGAGAAGAAGCUCAAGCAGGCAGAAACAUGGUUGAUGAAGAUGGGAAAGUUUGCCCGCCUGAUUGACUACAUGAUUUGUCAGAACCUUGUUUCCAUCUUAGAAGAGGAAAUAACUUCCUUUGUAGCCAACACUCUGCAAGCUCCAAGACAAAACCCCUUUCUCUUAUCACAGCUGGUCUUUGAUGACAAUGGCAAAUUGUCUCCCAUGCCUUGUGUUGAAACUAUAAUCCAGAGUCUUACUAAGGGUCUGCAGUCUAUCAAGACCUCUGCCCUAAAGGUAGUGCAGUCUACAGAACUGAGGACCUCCAGAGAUUCCCCAUAUUCAGAAGAUGAUAAAGACCAGGACGUAAAUGCAGAAUUCCAGAUGCCCAAGUUUCAUGGAAAGCCCAGCGAUGCUGUUCGCCUCUUCUGUGGUCCGAAUGUAGGAUUUGUGUGGCCCUGGAAGUCUCAUGCAAUUACUGAUGUCCUUGAGGUCCGUGGGCACCGGCUUCGGGGUCAGUAUCUGCACCCCAAUUAUAAUCACCUACAGGAGGACUUGGACAACAAUGCUGGAAUCCAACAGGCAUUGGCUAUACAACAGGCACUCCUGGAGGACAUGCUUCAGGAGGUUCGGGAAUUCUGCAAUAAACAACAGUGGGUAGAAACCAUCUAUGAGUUCCUGAAAGCCUGGGGUCCUCAGAAGUUAGAGGACCUAAGAGGCUCUCCCAUCAAGGACUAUGUAGUACUGGUAAACCAGCUGGAAGAGUGGCAAGAACGUGUCUCCAAUAUGCCUGUCCAGUUGCUGACAAAAGGCAAGCUGCUGCUCCUGAGUGGCCAUGAUGUUCAAGCAGAGUUGGAAUCCAAGUUAAACAGCAUGAGGAAGAACAUUCUUGCACAGGUGCAAAGUGAAUGCUGGAGCCGUAAUCAGCGGCUGAUGACAGAGUUGACAGAUUUCUUACGGGUCUUCCAAACCAUCAACUCAGACAUCCAUGCCAUUGCACAGUGCUCCCAGAAGUUGAAUGAAGCUAAUGAGCAAUACAGCCAGCUGGAGGAGCGAGUGGAAUAUGUCCGAUCACUCCAUGACCUCAUCCGCAACCACUGUGGCCUUUUUAUUGCUGAGAAUGAGACUCUAGAUAUUUCGCUUCUGGACCUAUGGGAGGCAUUUCAGUUUGAGAGAAGCCAGGCUUCAGAGUUCCUGCUUAGUAAGCAACAUUCCAUUGUGCCCAAGCUGCAACAGCUGAUGGCAGCAGCAUUGGCAGAGCUGGAAGGCCUGCUGGCAAAGGCUCUGUCUGGUCCCUUCAUGGAUCCUUCACAGGAACAGAGGAGUACCGAGCACCAGCUUACUGCCUUGGAGCAUCAGUUCUUGAAUAUACUAAAAAAUUUCAAUGACCUACGUUAUGCUUACAACACCUUUACUGGGAAUGAGUGUCCUAUGUCCCCACCCGUUUCUGGGAGCCGACCUAUUGUACUGCAGCAGCGCAUCUGGAGGCUCUACCGAAUCAUCUCUGAAAACUUCAGUGAGUGGAAGUGCAUGGCUUUUACCAAGUUCAGUCUUUCUAUGGCCCGAGAGAAGACAGAUGCCUGGUUGACAGAGGCUGCACGGCUCAGCACCACCCUGGGGCUGCACAGUCCAGUGCUACAACGCUGUAUGCGCAUGCUAGAGGAGUUUCGAAGCUACCUGCCCUUGCUCACCAAGCUGGGCGGCCUCCAGCUUCAGAAUUUUAACUCCCAAUCCCUCUUGAGAGUGUUAGGGCUGGGCGGUCUCCAAAGCUUUGACCUUCUCCCAUUGGGCCAGCUGCUCAACUGUCCACUGCUGGAAUUCUCAGACCGAAUCAAUCAGGUGUGGCAGCAUGAUAAGGAACGAAUUCAUGCCCAAGAUAGCUUACAGCAGAUGCAGCAGUACUGGGAGGGCCGCCAACUGCGCCUGCUCAACUUCAUCCUGCAUGUGCCCUACAAGCCCCCAGCCUCAGAGCGUUCCAAAAGGCAGGCAUUCCGAAGCCCCCGGUGGGAGUCAGUGGGCAAGGACAGUGGCACCUUCCUCCUCUCAGACUACAGCAGCCUGCAAGAUGCCAUUCAGAACAGUCUCCAGGCACUGUUCAAGAUCUUAGCGAUCCAAAAGUCAGGAGAGUUGCAUAAAACAGCUUUAGAGUGGGUGACCAUCAUGUAUGGCCUAGGUGCCCUACUGGAGGUGUGGGUGGCUUUCCAGCAGAAGUGGAUUUUUCUAAAUAAAGUUCUACAUGAGAUGAAGAUCCCGUUUCCUGGUGCUGAGCUGAAUGCCCGUUUCAAGGUCAUGGAUGAUCAAUAUCGGACUCUAAUGCGAAUCUCUGUAGCAGACCCAAUGGUUCUGUCACUUAUAGUGCCCAAUGCCAAGCGGAGCCCUUACUUCCAAGGUCAGCAUCUACAACAACUACUGAAAGCAGGAUCUGUGGAGCUGGAGGCCAUCAUCAUGGCUCUGGAGGAUGUCCUUUAUGGGGUAUGUGCCCACUUCCCCCGCCUUUUCUUCCUCAGUGACAGUGAACUGGUGGCCCUGCUUGCUGCCCCUCUAGAGACCUGUGAGGCCCAGCCAUGGGCACAGCGCUGUUUUCCUCACAUUAAAGCUGUGAACUUCAGGUCCUACCCAAAUGAUGAGAAAAGUAAGAAUGGCCAGGAGUCAAGCUCAAGCAUACAGAUCCCAGUGGAGACGAUUGCUGUGCUAGGGGCAUUUGGGGAGAAAGUGGAGCUUCAGAGUCCUCUUUCUCUACAUCCAGAUCUUCCUAAGUGGCUAGCCUCUCUGGAGAAGUGUCUGCGUUUUGUAAUAGUGAACUUGCUGCAGAGCUGUGUGGCCACCCGCCUUACUAAAGGCCCAUCCCUAGUUAAGGCAUUGAAGGCACUGCCUCAACAAAGACAGGUACCCAUGCAAUUAUAUGUCCAGCACUGGCUAGAUGCAGUCCAGGUUUUUCCAUGGCAGUGUAUACUGGUGGCAGAGGAGGUAGUGUGGCGCGCUGAGAUGGAGGAAGUUCUGUUUGAGCGGGGAACCAUGAGCACAUUUUCCAUACAUGUACACAAGCUGGAGGUGCUGGUACAAUUUCUGCGAGAUCAGAGGCACUCCCAGGGUGAGCAACCUCUGCCUUCUGUUCGCCAGACUAGCCUAUUCAGUGCCCUGCUGGUCAUGACAGUAACUCAUCGGGAUGUAGCACAGCUCCUGGAGAAACACCUUGUCAGUGAUCUGAAAGAUUUCCACUGGGUCCGCCAACUUAAGUAUCACCUGGGCUCAUCUCAUUUGAACUGCAAAAGCCCACUGCAGUGUCUUAAGACUAUUGCAUCUACUGAGCCCUCUCUGUCACCAGCUGCAUGCUGGGUAGAUGUGCUCGGCCGGUCCUUCAUAUAUAAUUAUGAGUACCUGGGGCCCAAACUGGGGCCUCUACCCAGCCUGGUGCAUGAGCGGCAAGUGUUGGUUCUCUUACUGGCCCUGGAGGAGGUGGCCUGUGGGACCCUACUGGGCCGAGAUGGUUUGGGAAAGACAGAAAUGGUGAAUAGCUUGUCAUGGACCCUGGGCCGCCAGCUGGUAAUGAUGCCCUGCUUGCCCCAGAUAGAGUUCCGAUGUCUUAGCAAUUACCUGAAUGGUGCUCUCCAGAGUGGGGCCUGGCUACUGUUGGAGAACGUUCACCAACUACCUCCUAGCUUGCUCUCAGCACUGGGCCAGCGUCUGGAUGAACUACACCAUCUUUAUGCCCCACUGUACCAGAAAGCUUCCAAAAACAUCAGUACCAUAAACCCUGCUAAGGCCCCAUUCCUUGGUGCUGGUUUCUUUGAGAAGCAUCGUGUGUCCAUGCGCUUUGGCUAUGGCUGUUUCCUGACAUUUCCUGCCCUGAGCCCUGAUGUGCCUGCCAAUCUGCAUCUGCUGCUUCGUCCUGUGGCAUUUGCACUGCCUGACUUGCAACGAGUGGCAGAACUUAACCUGCUGAGUGCAGGGGUGCGGGAUGCCUCUCGACUGGCUAUCCGCCUAUCCAAACUAUUCUCCCUAGAGCGUGAGCUAGUGUCUGGGACCUUGCCCUGUCGCUUGUCACUGCUCAAGCAGGUACUGGAAGACACAAAACAGACACUAAAUGCAACUGAGGAGGGAGACAAUUCCCAGCAGCCCCACAACCUAGCUGCCCCUGAGGAGGUUGCCCUAUUGCAUGCCCUAUUGCACUCACCACUGUUCAGCAUCCUUGAUGGGCUCCGCCUGCAGAAGCUCAGAGAGCUACUAUGUGGGAUUUUCCCUAAUGCUAGCCACGUGCUGGCAGAGCCUGUGACCCACAGACUGAUGAGGUCAGUCGUGGUGGAAGAACUCCAGCAGCUAGGCCUGCUUCCCACCCCUCACACACUGACGUCUCUGGAGCAGCUCAGUCAGGCCCUGAGCAGGGCCUCUGGUGUUCUGCUCCUGGGCCCUGCAGGCAGUGGCAAGAGUACUUGUUGGAAGAGCUUACUAAAGAUUCAGAAUCGGCUGGCAGCCAUGGAACAGACCUCAACCCGGGGUUUCCAGUCUGUGGAAAUUGCCCACCUAUAUCCUAGUGUGCUCAGCACCCAAGAAUUCCUAGGGUGGUCAGAGGGUCCCUCCUGGCAUUAUGGCAUCUUCCCCAAACUUCUUCAUGCUGCCCCUCCGUGUAAGAGUGUGGGCUCAGAAGAGCAGUUAGAGGAAUUCACGGGGAUUCAGCAAUGGAUAGUAUGUGAUGGGGCCCCUAAUUCUACAUGGAUAGACUCCAUCACUUGCCUCUUAAGUGACCCUCCCCAGCUCAGUCUCCCUAAUGGUCAACAGAUAGCACGGCCCCUCAGUACCUUUUUCUUGAUGGAGGUGGCAGAAGCAAGUGGCAUGUCUCCUACAGUGGUAGGCCGGUGUGCUCUAGUCUGGUGUUGUGGGGAGCAGACUUGGCAGUGCAUGCUUAAUGUCUUGAUGGCAUCCUUACCCCAUGAAUACCAUCUGCAGCAAGAGACAAUCAUUGAGCUCAACCACCUAGCUGAAGUCCUGGUGCCUUCUGUGCAACGAUUCCUUACCCGCAUAGGUGCCAGCUCUCUGCUACAGGUACAUGGACAUCAGACUGUGUGCCCAGGUGUGGCAGAAGUCACCAGUCUGACCCGCAUCCUGCGUGCUCUAUUUGACCCCCACCUACGCUUAUAUGAAGAGGAGAAGCCACGUGUCCAAGAAGAUUUUAGUGGCAGCGAUCUUGCAACCCAAAGCUUCAAAUCUUCAAAGAGCAAGGCCCAGUCUGACAGUGACAGUGUGAAUAAAAAGCAGAGGAGACAUUUGCUGGCUAUCAGCAGCUUCCUUUUUGCCACAAUCUGGGGCUUUGGAGCACACCUUCCCUCCAGGUAUUGGCCUCUCUUUGAUAACUUCAUGAGGAAUUCUAUUAGUUCCCUGUCCAACUACCCUGAGCCACCUCCUUCAGCCUUGGUGUUUGAUCUACAUGUACAUCUUGAAGAUGGGACACUGGUCCCCUUUGCUGGCCAUUACCUCAGCAGCUGUGUCAAAGGAAGUCUGAGCACUUUCCAGCCCACUUCCCAGACUGAACGACUUUUGUAUGUGGUGGACCUGCUUCUAUCAAAUGGACAGCCGGUGCUGCUUGCUGGAGAGAUAGCCACAGGGAAGUCAGCCUUUGUGGAGGUGCUAGUGGAGCCAAAUCACCCUUCCAUUCACAGCCCCAUUCACCCUGCUUUAAGUUCUACCCACCUUCGCCACCUGCUGGGCAGAGGGGUCCAUGGCCAAACACAAGUCGGCUCAUACCUUGGGUAUCACCAGGACUCCAAAGGCUCACUCCUUUUCUUGAUGGAAGAUCUGCACCUGGCCGCUUCUGACCCAGAGAAGAGCUGCCAGCCAGUGCUAGAGACUCUGCGCCAGGCAAUGGAAGGCACAAUCUAUGCCCGAAACUCUUUGGAAUUACAAACGCUGCAGCCUACAGUCAACUUCCUUGCCACUGCUACAGUGCCAGGUUACUCUGAGCGUCCACUCUGUCCACGUCUCUUCCGGCUCUUCACAGUGCUGGCCCUGGACAACAUGACCCAGGACACCCUUUUGAGCAGGCAUGUGCCUAGUAUCCAAGCCUGGCUUGAGCGCUUCCCCUCUGUGGAGCGUGAGAACACUCUGGCAAGAGCUCUCGUCAGAGCUUCAGUGAAGGCCUGGAAGGCUGUGUGUAACUGCUUCAUGCCUUCACCUCUCCGCCCACACUACCGCUUUUCCCUGCAUUCUGUGAGCCAUAUUCUGGGAAGCCUGCAGCUGUUGCCUAGCAGAACAGGCUCACGAGGUUCUGUAGAUACUUUCCAUCACCAGGAGCACCUUCGCCGGGUGUCUGGCUUGCGUGGAACUCGCCUGACUAUCAUGAUGUCUAUGCGCAUCAUGGCUCGUCUUUGGUUACAUGAGGCACAAAGAACAUUUUGUGACCGGCUAGACAGCGACAGGGAACGUUCACAUUGUGCUAACCUGCUUCUGGAAGUAGCUCAGAAUGUCUUCUGUUGUGAUCCAGAGUCUCACCCCUUGGUCAAGGACUAUGAGGAGGAAGUGGAGGAGGAAAAAGUGCCUGAAGUAGAAUCUGAGGGAGAAAUAGCCCAGUGGGAGGACUUAAGCAACAGUGACAGUGAGUCAGAAGAAGAGGAGGAUCCAUACGGCAUUCAGACCAACACAGUCUCAUUCCUCAGUGAUAGCGGUCUAGCACCAUUCCCCAUAAAGUCAGUAAACAAGGAGAACAGAGAAAGUGUAAAUCAGAUGGCUGAGCAGGAGGAAGAUAUAAGGGCUUCUGGUGAUAAGCUCCAGUCAGAGAUACCCAAGAAUGAGUGGCAGAUGGCAUCCCAGAUGGACUUAACUUUACCCUUGUUGCUGCCCGUGCUGUUGCUCUAUCCCCAGGAAAAGCCCUCAGACCUGGUGUUCAGUCUGGAACUCACACUGGGAUCUAACACUGAGAAUCCCAACAUGUACUUAGAACGACAGUGGGGAAACCUGGAAAAGCAGUUGGCUGCCUCAGCUGUUCGGCUGAAACUGAACCCCAACCUUAUUCGGUGCCAUAUGAUGACCCAGCACGUGGCCCGCCUGGUCCGAGUUCUGGCUAGGCCCAGGCAGCAUGGCCUACUGCUCUCCAUGACUCGUGGUACUGGGCGCCAUACAGCCAUCAGCCUGGCUUCAAGCAUUUGUCAGGCUCACCUCUUUCAUUUGCCAUCUGAGUCAGAGGAGGCUACUUUCCAGUGUCUCCGGGAUGCCAGCUGGUGUGCUGGAGUAUUAAACCAGCCAGUGGCCCUUCUGGUGCCUGAUAAUGUGAACAUUGCUAUCUUUCAACGACUGGUGGCCCUAGCAACCUCGGGUAGCUUCCCUGACCAGUACACAGAGGCAGACCUGGAUAACAUUGAAGAACAUCUCCCCAAGGACAACCCCGUGAUUAAACUUAUCAUGAAGAAGGACACAAUAUUGCACAGGUUCUACCAGCAAGUAUGUAGCAACUUGCACAUGCUCUUCUUGAUGGGAGAUGACCAAAUCCAAAAGCAGCUGCCCUCCACCCUUCUCCUGAGGCUCCUUCAACUGGCCACUGCCAGUGUUGACCGCUAUGAACCCUGGGAUCAGGCUUCCCUGGUCAGGAUUGCCCAGUACCACCUAGAGAAUGUUCAGAGUCUACCUCUUGAUGAUGGCUCUUUGAAGUGCCCAGACAUCAAAGCCUUAAUUCCAAAUGUGGCCAAAAUCAUGGCUCUCAUCCAUCUUUCAUCUGCCUACUACCAUCAGCACUUAUGCCCUGCAUUGCCACUUGUCACCCCCAAGACGUUCCUGGACUUCUUGGACAUGUUCCUGCAGCAGCAGCAGCAGAUGAUCCUGAAGAUGAGAAUGAGGGCCUGGCGAAUCCACUCUGCCCUGAAGACUCUGAGGCUGCUGGUUGAGAGGCACAGCACCCAAACUAACCUCCUAACUGACCUGGAACAGCAGCUAAAAGGCUCCUACAAGAAUGUCGGUAUGUAUCAAAGCCAGCUUGAACAAAGUAAGCUCCUAUACAAGCAGAAGAUGGCAGAAUGUCAACAUCAGGAGAGCCUCAUUGAGAAUCUGGUCAGGCAGCAAGAUGCACUACAGACCCAACAGGAGGCUUUCCUGGAGCAGAUGGGCAAGGCAUUUCUAGGUCCUUUGAGCCAGCUACAGGUGGCUGACUUUGAGGAGAUAAGAAGCUAUCGAGCCCCACCAGAUGCUGUAGUCCAGGUGACGGAUGCAUUGUGUGACCUGUUCCACCAUGAGACAGGCUGGGCUAGUGCCAAGCAGCUGCUGUGUACUGAAGAUUUUUAUCAGGAGCUGGUAUUCUUCCCCAAGGAGAAGCUGACUGACUCAGAGCUGAUAAAGUUAAAUCAAGCGCUGAAAGCUCCAGGUAUGAGUGAUACAGCCUUGAGGUCAGUAAGCAUCCCUGCAGCAAGUCUGGCAGUCUGGUUACGGGCUGUUCUGAGGUAUGGGCUGGCACAGCGCCGGGGAUUACCCACUGGCCUGCUGCUACGGCAGGUGGAGGCAACACUGGCUAGGGAGCAGGCCCGCCUAGGCCAAUUCCAGUUCCAGGCCCAUGAUCUGCUAGAGCAAAUUUUGUCUCUGACUAAGAAGCUAGAAGAAGCCCAAGCCUCUCAUAACCUCGUCAUGGAGAGCCUCAAUCAGGCGCAAUGUGGACAGUAUCACAAAUGGCCCAUGAAGACUGCAUUGCUCACACCCAUGCACAUGUGGACCAUACAGCUCCAGAAGUUGAAGGAUCAUUGCAAGACUGUGUUUGGAGAUGCCCUCUUGUGCUCAGCUGCCAUUGUCUAUCUGGGUCCCUUCCCACCACGGCGGCGCCAAGAACUGUUGGAGAAGUGGCUGUCUCUGUGUCAGGGCUUUGAGGAACCACUGGCGCCAGAUGAUGUAGCCCAGGCACUGAAGCAGAAAUCUGUUGGAGUGCCACCAAAGAACCCUCUGGUGCCCACAUGUAGUCCCUUCAGGAUUCUGACCUUGCUGAGCUGUGGAUCUGAACAGCAGCAGUGGGAUCGAGACCUGAAGCCCCAAGCGAAGUCAGCCCGCUUGUUAGGCCUGAUGCUGCGAAGCCAUAUCCACUUCAGCAGUUGCCGUUGGCCUCUACUGCUUGACCCCAGCAACCAGGCCCUCAUCUGGUUGAAUCCACUACCCCUUAAACAGGACAAGUUGUUGGAGCCACCUUCCAAAGAGAACAGAGCAAAGUGUGGUGUGACAAACCAAGACAGUGAGGAUGAAACGGAAGAUGAAGGUGAUAAUGACAAUGAUGAAGAAGAUAGAAAUGAGGCCAAUAACCAAACAAAAGAGCAGAAAAUAGAUGAAAACAAGAGCGAAGAGAUGAAAGAGCAGGAGGAGAAAGAAACAGAGAAAGAAAAGAAUGAGUCAGAGAGUUCGAGCUCAAGUACAUCGUCUGAGACUCUGUCUCCACCUCUUUGCCUCACUGUGCUCUCAGGCGCUGACCUAGAGUUGGGUCCUCAGCUCCUGGAGGCAGCUGCCAAUGGCCUGCCUGUGCUCUUGACUAAUAUGGAGCUGAGCCUAGGGUGCCAAGAACUUCGUCGGCUGCUGUCGAGGGAGAAUCUGAGUCCACCCCAUGUUCAACCUGGCUUCUGUCUCUAUCUGAGCACUGCCCUUCCCAUCCAUGCUUUGGAACGAGUACUAGGUUCUGAAUUGCUGAAAGGGUUGAAUAUUCUGGAUCUGGGUCUGAAUAUGGAGAUACUAGAAGAACAGAUGCUGCACGAAAUCCUGUGCAGAGAACGUCCAGAGCUUGAGACCCGCUGGCAGGACCUGAAAAUCAGAGCAGUGGAUACCUCCGAAGCUGUGGCAGCUGCUGAGGAACGGUUGCUGGUGAUAUUGCUACUUCAGAACCAAAAGCGCCAGAAACCGUCCAAGUUUCUGAGAGCGAUGGUGAGGACUCAGGCAAAGAUAUGUCAACUGAAUGCUCAGAAGGAGGAGAUAGAAGAGCAGAAGCUGGAGGAGAUGGUAUUGUGGGCACCGUACAGGCAGAUAGCUUGUCAUGGAAUGGCUAUAGUAGAGGCCUUAAGCCCACUACAGAACCUGCUGCCAUUUUUCUGUAUGAAUUUAGAGAACUGGUUGGCAACUACCAGGCGGGCUCUAGACAGCAUAAAACCACAUGACAGUUAUCAUGGAGAGGACUUGACCAGCCAUUUGCUGCAGCUGAAAAUACACCUGACCCGCCAGCUACUGACCAGCACUGUUGCUGCCCUAGGCUUGACCCAAGCACCCUUGGUAGGUGCCUUGGGGGCUUUGGCCCUACUGCAAGUGGCAAAGAAGACACCAAAGAUAGAGAGUUUGGCACUCUGGCCUGGACUGUCAGCCUCUCCCAGCACAGGCCAUAACACACAGGUCCCUGGUGUGGUUAGGCCAGCCUGGCUAGGCUUAAAAGCCUGGCAAGAAUGUGGGGUGCUGGAGCUGCUGUCCCCAUUUGCUGGGCUGCGUGCAUCCCUGGCAGGCCACUCCAGUGUGUGGCAGGAUUAUCUGUCAUUAUCAUCCACUGUGCUGGGUCCUGCCCCUGGUCCUAAUUCUGCGCCACUUAGCCUCCUCCAGAAGCUGAUACUGUGGCGUGUACUGCGACCAGAUUGCCUGGCAGGUGCCCUAGCAGACCUCACCACCAGCUUACUAGGUCGGCCCCUAGAUGAAGACCUGGGUGCUCCUACCAUGAUCUUUGAACAUAAUCAGGCUACCCAGCCCAUACUGAUCUUGCUGCCACCACCUGGCCACCCUACAUCUACCCUGCAUCCUGUGACUGUCAUCCGGAAACUAGCUGCCAACCAUGAAAAGACACAGAAGCAUCUGCAUGUGAUAGCACUAGGCUCUGAAGACUGGGAUCCUGUCUCAACUAUAGUCAACACUCUAUGCCAGGCUAUGCUCCAGGGGCACUGGCUGGUGCUGGAUAACUGUCAUUUGAUGCCCCAUUGGCCAAGAGAACUGCUACAGCCCUUGUUGGGACUGCUGGAUGGAGCCAGGGUGGUCUCAGACUCUGAACUGUCACCAGAACCAGAAAGCAGGAAUGUGGCCACUGUCCACAGAGAUUUCCGUCUUUGGCUGAUUGUAUCUACUGAGGCCAGUGCUUCCUUGCCAGGGGUACUGACACAGCACUCCAAGCCUGUUUUCUGGGACCAGUCCUUAGAACUGGGCCGGAUCCUGAUUGACAGUGUGAGUUCCCAGCAAGGACUCUGCAUGCAACCCCUCACCCAGACACUGCCUUUGUUCCUGCUGCAUGGUCUCCUACUACACCGACAGCUCUAUGGGAUAAAGCUGCAAGCACACAGAGGGCGCUGGAGUCAAGUAACUUUAACCAAGAUACUUCAGAUCCAAGAGCAUCUGUGGGCCAGUCUCAGUAACCCCAGGGCUGCCUUGCUGGAGCUGGCUGCUUCAGUUUUCUAUGGAGGUUCUUUGGGGGACCCAGAGGACAGAGAGGCCCUGAUUAGCCUGACACGAGCCUGCCUGAAUCCCAGGAACAUGAGCUGGGCCCAGCCACACACACCUCAGUAUCUGCUGGCCACUCUAAUGCCUAGCCCAGAGCUAGGGGAGCUAGAUGCCAUGACAGAGUGCAAGGCCCAGAUGCAACUACUGCCCACACCAGCAGAACCUCGUACCUGCGGAUUGAAUGAAGGGCCCAAGUCCUGGCUAUUGAGACGCCAGAGUCGUGCUUUCCUGAACGUGCUACAGCAGUGUUCACCCACAUGGGUUCCUUCAGCCUCUGGAGGAAACGCCCAGCGUAAAGAACGGCGCCUUCGGCAACGCCUAGUGCAAGCCAAGAAGAGGCUAGUGGCACUUCAGGCUUUGCUAACCAACCGUUCUCGCUCAGGCCAGUAUGUCACCCCCUGGGCGGUACUAGGGCCCAAUGCCCACCGGCCUCUGGAGGGCUUUUUAGAGACAGAGGUACUGGAACUGAGGCAGCUGGUAGGCAUACUGCAGCGCGACCUUGACUGCUUAUUGCAGCAGCUGAAGGGGGAAACCCCAUGCAACUCCAGCCGCUGUGCAGAAGUGGCCCAUGCUCUUUGGGCUGGACGCCUACCUCGGCCUUGGAGAUCUCAUGCGGCUGCUGGGCCUCAGCUGCCCUGGCAAUGGCUGCGACAGCUCUCCCGCCGUGGGCAUCUGUUGAUUCGCUACCUGGACAGUGGCACGAGCGAAAAUGCCAAAGAACCAGAGCGCAUAUUUCACCUGUCAGCUUUUCGCCACCCUCGUCGUCUGCUGCUGGCACUGCGUUGGGAGGCUAUCUUGGGGUCCUCAGUGCCCAGCCCUAAUCUUACUGGUAACCAAGGCUCUGGCUCCAGCAGUGUCCCACCUAAACGUCAGGAGCUGAACAACCAUCCUCUGCAUAUCCGGGUGGAGAAUGGCCCAAAUCCCAAGGUUCCUGAGAUGGGACUGCUACUGAUUGGGUUACAGCUCCAGCAUGCGGAAUGGGACCAGAUGGAUGGGGCCUUGCAGGACAGUUUUUCCAGCCAACCCAGCCCUCUACCUCCUGUCAGCAUAAGCACACAAACCCGUAGCGCCCGUGAUGCACCAGUCCCAGCUGGCCUGGACGUGUACUCCUGUCCCGUAUACAUGACCGGGCCCCUUGGCACCACCAAGCUGCACAGCAAGAACAUCCUGAUGCACCUGCCACUACCCACGAAGCUCAGCCCUGACACCUGUAUCCAACGAAGGGUCCAUGUGUGCAGCACAAUCUUAUCCUGAGCGCCCCCACCCCAAUAAAGCUGUAGUGGUGUCAGGAAUGA